UCCUCCGCGCGGUUCGGCGAGAAGGUGACAGGGGACGGCGAAAAUGGCCUCUGCCUAUCUUACUCACCAGCAAAAAGUGUUGCGGCUUUACAAGAAAUCACUGAGACACCUGGAGUCAUGGUGCGUCUUUAGAGACAAAUACCGGUUCUAUGCCUGCUUGAUGCGGGCUCGUUUCGAUGAAAACAAGAAUGAGAAGGAUAUGGUGAAGGCCACCAUGUUGCUGAAGGCAGGAGAGGAGGAGUUCUGGUCUAGUCAGCAUCCCCAGCCCUACAUCUUCCCCGACUCUCCUGGAGGGACCUCCUAUGAGAGAUAUGAGUGCUACAAGUCCCCAGAGUGGCUGCUGGACUUCUGGCACCCCUCAGAGAAGGCCAUGUACCCCGACUACUUCUCCAAGAGAGAGCAGUGGAAGAAACUGAGACUGCAGAGCUGGGACAAAGAGGUCGCUCAGCUGCAGGCUGAGAUUCCAGCCGGGGGCCCCAAGACUGAAGCCCUCCCUCCUGCCCGCAAGGAUGGUGACCUCCCUCCUCUGUGGUGGCAGCAAGUCACCCGCCCCAGGCAUCGCCCUUCAUAAGCACCCUCCACAAGCAUCCUCCACCUCGGUCACCCCCGCAGUCUGAGGGAAAACUCCCCUAACCACACAGCAGCAGCUCGGAGACUAGCUGACCUCUUACUGAACCAUCUGUCUGUAAAGAAUGUUUUAUUAGAGUCGUUUUGUGAGGAGCUUCACCUGUGCAGGUUGCAUGACUGAGAAACAACCAGCUCACUGAAUUCACUCAUUCAGGAGGUUGGUGACUUUGAGAUACAGAUGAGUCACUUAAUACCUGUAACUGUUCCAGUAAAUAAAUGUAUGAUGA